UGUCGGCUUCGCACAGUUCUCGAAAGUACGCCAGCUCUGUAACUGUAACAACGGACUAUGUCGACUCGUUGUGCGUGCUGUCUCGUACGUUAAAACUACGCGCUGUGCUCGUGGCUGACAUUGUGGAAACAAUGGUUGUCUCAUCCAGCUCUUUCACUAUGCAUCGCGGGACUGGGCCUGCUCUCGUAUUCUUUUUAACACUCGUAGCCGCCGGAUCAUCGCCCAUGUUCCGGAGCUCGGUGCUUAUCCUGAACCAACCCUUCGACGGCAACUUGGUGCGCCCGGACAGCGAGGCCUUUCAACAGCUCGGCGCGGAAUUUAAGCUGCUGCUUUCUCAAUCCGUGGGGCGUUAUCUGCGGCCCCCGCACAACAUGCCCUCCGUCGAGGUCCUUCGCUUUGCGCCGGCCCCCACGGCUGGUGCGCUGACCGUCACCUGCGACAUCAAGCUUCCGCGCGCCGACCCGAGGGACCUGCAGCGCGCCAUCCGCUCAGUCCUGGACGGCGGCCGCCUCGGCAGGUUUCAAGUGUCCGGCCAACAGUCCACCUUCACUCAGCUUGGCGUGGCCGGAGCAGCAGGUCCACCAGGCUGCGGAGUUCUGGAAGGCGGAGGAGCGACUGAAAAAGCAGGUGAAGUGAAGGGUGGGCGCACGGCAGUCCUGUGGGCAGAGCUGAUAUUUUUUUUUUUUUUUGCUCAGUUGGUAACUGACUAUAUUAAAGACUCUUCUAUGAAGCUUGGCAGACACCGCUUGUCUUUCUGA